AUGAACUUUGCCAAGGGUAUUCUAGAGUCUAGAAAGCAGCAUUACAAGCAUCUGGCAAAGCUACUGAGACCAAUUCCGUUGCAGGUCCCAACGAAAAUAGAACUUAUGCCUGGAAACACUAUAAAAGUCACCCUGUUCGAUGCUAAUCACUGUCCUGGAUCUGUCAUGUUCCUCGUUGAAGGAGAUGGCAAGGCAAUACUAUAUACAGGUGACAUCAGAGGUAAGGCCACCAUAACUCAGUCUUAUAAGCACGAUUCUCGUUCGGUAUUCUUGUUGACAAUCUCUCUAGCCGAAUCAUGGUGGGUACAGAGCCUUAUUAGAAAUCCAGUGUUAAUCCCGUACACCAUGGGGGACCGCCGUCUGGACACUAUAUAUUUUGAUACCACCUUUGCUACAAAGUCAGAUAUCCACCAGGUCUUCCCCUCCAAGGCAGAAGGCAUACGGGAACUACUUAGUAAAAUUAAGGGGUAUCCCGAAGACACUAUAUUCUACCUUCGUAGCUGGACAUUUGGCUACGAGGACGUAUGGCUGGCUCUCUCCGCAGCCCUGGGCACAAAGGUAGGCUGCGUAGACCCUCACUAA